CCGCGCCGCCGCUGGUCCUGCUGCUGCGCUGCUGCCUCAGUGUUUACGGAGAGCGGCGGACCUGAAGGAGGACAGGAAGGACCGAGGUGCGCUCGCGCUGCGGACACGGACGGACGGACAGGAGAGACAGCGCGAGGAGGACAGGUUCUCUGGAGGUUCUGAAGGUUUCGGCGUCAGUCGGGGUCAAAGGUCGCGGCUCCAUGUGGUCUGAUAGAAGAUGAAACAACAUGACUUUGGACAGAGCGAGUCUCUGCCGGGGUCAGAGGUCCACCUGCACCAGGGUGCGCUGGAUGAUUGUGGGGCCAGAUCAGUUGGUCGCCAUGGUGAAAAGCUGGAGGAGGGCGGAGCUAAAGACCAGAUUAAAGAUGGAGACAGCGAUGGGUGUGAUCACCCGGUCGACAGGGCGGGGCUUUUCUCCUUCAUGACGUUUCAUUGGCUGACUCCGCUGGCCUUGCAUGCUCGCAGGAAAGGGCAGUUCCUAUUGGACGACGUCUGGCCUGUGUCCCAGCGGGAGAGUUGCCACGACAACAGCCUGAGGCUCUGGUCUCUGUGGGACGAGGAGUUCAGGUUGAAGGGCAGCGAUGCAUCUUUGUGUUCAGUGGUUUGGUCUUUCUGCCGGACUCGUCUUCUCCUGUCCAUCCUCUGCCUCACCGUCACUCAGCUGGCUGGGUUCAGUGGGCCGGCGUUCGUGGUGAGGCGUCUUCUCGAGUACACCCAGCAGGAGGAGUCUGAUCUGGGCUACGGGUUGCUGCUGGUUCUGGGUCUCCUGACCACGGAGCUGAUCCGGUCCUGGUCUCUGGCUCUGACCUGGGCCCUGAACUACCGGACCGGAACCAGACUGAGGGGGGCCAUCCUGAGUCUGGCCUUCCACAAGAUCCUGAGGCUGCGCAGCGUCCGGGACAAGACCAUGGGACAGCUGGUGAACAUGUGCUCCAGUGACGGCCAGCGGAUGUUUGAGGCGGCAGCAGUGGGCAGUCUGUUAGCAGGAGGCCCCCUGGUGGCCGUCCUGGGUGUCGCAUACAACCUGUUCAUCCUGGGGCCAACGUCUCUGCUGGGAUCUGCCGUCUUCAUCCUCUUCUACCCCACGAUGAUGUUUAGCUCCAGACUGACGGCAUACUUCAGGAGGAAGGGCGUCGCAGUCACUGACAGACGAGUGCAGAAGAUGAACGAGAUCCUCAGCUACAUCAAGUUCAUCAAGAUGUACGCCUGGGUCAAAGCCUUCUCCCAGGACGUCCAGAGGAUCCGGGACGAGGAACGCCGGAUCCUGGAGCUCACGGGCUACUUCCAGAGCAUCACGGUGGGUGUGGCUCCCAUCGUCGUCGUCAUCGCUAGCGUGGCAACGUUCUCCGCUCACAUGUUGCUAGGAUACGACCUGACAGCUGCUCAGGCCUUCACCGUGGUAACAGUGUUUAACGCCAUGACCUUUGCCUUGAAGGUGACUCCGUUUUCUGUCAAGUCUCUGUCUGAGGCUUCAGUUGCCAUGGAAAGAUUCAAGAGUCUCUUCCUGUUGCCGGAGGUUGACGCUGUCCGAGCAUUGCCUGCUGAUCCGCAGGUUGCCGUGGAGAUGUGUGGCGCCAGUCUGGCGUGGGAGGGGGGCGGGCAGAGCGCCCAGCCAAGUCCAUGUGUCCGAGCAGCCAACAGACACCGACAGAGAGACAAGUGCAGAGACUCGACCGUGCUGCAGGAGGAGGACGAGGACGAGGAGCAGGAGGAGGCGACCGGCUCACUGCUGAGGGGGGGAGCAGGAGACUCUAGUCCAGAAGAGGAGACGUGUCCUCCACUGGUGUCUGUCCCCUCCGUCCCCCAGCGGCUCCAGAGCUCCCUUCACUGCAUCAAACUGAGCAUCCAGCAGGGGAAGCUGCUGGGUGUCUGUGGGAGUGUCGGCAGUGGAAAGACUUCCCUGAUCUCGGCCAUCUUGGGACAGAUGACGCUGCUGGAGGGCAGCGUGGCUGUCAGGGGACGACUAGCCUACGUGGCUCAACAGGCCUGGAUCCUGAACGCAACGCUGAGAGACAACAUCCUGUUUGGACACGAGUACCAGGAGGACAGGUAUCAGUCCGUCCUCAGCGCCUGCUGUCUGAGACCGGACAUCGCCCUGCUGCCCGGCGCUGACCUCACAGAGAUCGGAGAACGUGGCGCCAACCUGAGCGGUGGGCAGCGGCAGCGAAUCAGCUUGGCCCGAGCUCUGUACAGCGACCGGGACGUUUACAUUCUGGACGACCCGCUCAGCGCCCUCGACGCCCACGUGGCCAAUCACAUUUUCCGUAACGCCAUCAGGAAGCAGCUUCGCCACAAGACCGUCGUGUUCGUCACACAUCAGCUGCAGUACCUGGUGGACUGUGAUGAUGUCAUCCUGAUGAGGGAGGGCAGUAUUGUGGAGCAGGGUAACCAUGACAACCUGAUGAAGCUGAACGGAGACUACGCCGCCAUGUUUAACCACUUCCAGCUGGGAGACACUCCGUACAUAGAGGCUCCCAGCAGGAAGUCUGGAGGCUCUCAGAGGAAACCAGCAGACAGUAAACCUGGAUCAGUGAAGAAGAACAUGCCUGUCGUCAAGGAAAACGGGGAGGAGCAGCAGUGUGGGGGCGUGGUCUGGCCAGCGUUUCGACGCUAUGUGGCGGCAUGUGGUGGCUCCACAUCCUGCCUGCUUAUCCUGGCUCUGUUUGUUCUCAACGUGGGAAGCUCCGCCUUCUGCCAGUGGUGGCUCAGCUACUGGAUCAACCAGGGCAGCGGGAACACCACGGUAACCCAGGGCAACAGCUCCAUGGUGAGCGUCAGCAUGAAGGACAAUCCCAUGAUGCAACAGUACGCUGCCAUUUAUGCCUCCUCCAUGGGAGUCAUGCUGCUCUUCAAGCUCUUCAGAGGCAUCGCAUUCGUCAAGGGAACUCUGCGAGCCUCCUCCAAGCUGCAUGAUGAGCUCUUCCAUAAGAUCCUUCGCUGCCCCAUGAAGUUCUUCGACACAACACCCUCUGGACGGAUCCUCAACCGCUUCUCCAAGGACAUGGAUGAAGUCGACACUCGUCUGCCCUUCCAGGUAGAGAUGUUCAUCCAGAAUGUGAUCCUGGUCUUCUUCUGCCUGGGGGUCAUCAGCUGUGUGUUCCCGUGGUUCCUGGUGGCGGUGGGUCCUCUGGUUGUGCUCUUCACGGUGCUCCACAGCGUCUCCAGGGUCUUCAUCCGGGAGCUGAAACGGCUGGACAACGUGACGAUGUCGCCCUUCAUGUCCCACAUCACCUCCACCAUCCAGGGCCUGGCCACGCUGCAGGCCUAUGGCCGGAACCAGGACUUCCUCCACAGGUACCAGGUUCUGCUGGACCAGAACCAGGCUCCGUUCUACCUGUUUAACUGUGCGAUGCGCUGGUUGGCGGUCCGGCUGGACGUCAUCAGUGUGGCUCUGAUCAGCACCACCGCCCUGAUGAUGGUCCUGAUGCACGGCCAGAUCUCCCCCGCCUACGCUGGCCUCGCCAUCUCCUACGCCGUGCAGUUAACAGGGCUGUUCCAGUUCACGGUGCGUUUGGCUUCCGAGACUGAAGCUCGGUUCACCUCCGUGGAGAGAAUCCAUCAUGACAUCCAGUUUCUGUCCCAGGAGGCCCCGGCUCGUGUCCGAGGUCGGGCCCCUCCGGUGGACUGGCCCCAGCAGGGGGAGCUGGUGUUCAGGGAAGUGGAAAUGAGGUACCAGGAGAACCUUCCUCUGGUCCUGAACAAGAUAUCCUGCACCAUCCAGCCCAAGGAGAAGGUCGGCAUCGUGGGAAGGACCGGAUCAGGGAAGUCUUCUCUGGGCGUAGUCCUGUUCAGGCUGGUGGAGCAUUGUGGCGGCUCCAUCCUGAUCGAUGGGGUGGACAUCAGUGACAUCGGACUGGCCGAUCUCCGGAGCAAACUGUCCAUCAUCCCUCAGGACCCAGUGCUGUUCAGCGGGACAGUCAGGUCCAACCUGGAUCCCUUUAACCAGUACAGCGAGCAGCAGAUCUGGGACGCUCUGGACAGGAGUCACAUGAAGGAGUGUGUGUCCCAGCUGCCCCUGAAGUUGGAGUCGGAGGUGGUGGAGAACGGAGACAACUUCUCUGUGGGAGAAAGACAGCUGCUGUGUGUCGCCAGAGCUCUGCUGAGACAGUGCAAGGUGCUGAUCCUGGACGAAGCCACGGCAGCGAUGGACGCUGAGACGGACGCUCUGAUCCAGGAGACCAUCAGGAGCUCGUUCCAGGACUGCACCACGCUGACCAUCGCUCACCGCCUCCACACCGUCCUCGCCUCCGACCGCAUCAUGGUGCUCAACCAGGGACAGGUGGUGGAGUUUGACGUGCCGUCCAGGCUGCUGGCCAAUGAGAAUUCUCGGCUGUGCUCGAUGUUGGCCGCCAUAGAGAACAAGAUCUCAGUGCGAGGAUGAAGAUGAGGAGGAAGGCCGUCCCAGUGCUCCCAGUCCUCCCAGUAUGAGCUGAAGGUGCUGUGAGUCCCGUACUGUAAGACUCUGGAGCUCAGAGUCGGAUCGCUGACGUUUCUACUGUUGCUUUUUAUGCAACAUGUUUGUCUUUAAUCAUGUUUUCGUGGGUUUUUAUGACCUGAUUUCAAGCAGGUCUCAUUAUUGCUGUUGUUUUAUGACCUGGCGUCAUGUGAUUGGAUGCCAGGCUUCAGUUCGUGUAAAAAAAUAAUGUCUGAAACUGUUAAUUUAAUCUUCUCAACCUUUGGUCUUUUUCAGUAUUAUUAUUACGUAUGCUCGGUUUGAAAGCUUGACUCAGCUGUUGACACAAACAUGAUGUUCAAACUGUAGAUUAUUGAUUUAUUGAUUUUAACUGGACUGAUUAUGUGUCAGAAAUAAGCAAAUGUUUUCACAGUACAAGAGAAAGUUGAGAUGUCUGAGCUUUUCUUGCCUUUUUAUAUAUUUUUUUCUUUCUUUUUCUUUCGUUUUUGCCUUUUUCAGUCAGUGAUGGUGCUGCCCUCUACAGGACAAACAUCAAAGUUUCAUCUCAAAUAAUCACAUUUUUACAAUCAGUUCUUCUUGACCGUCUCUGAUUUAUUACAGCAUAAAAUUUAGGAUAUCUUCACUACCAUUCAGAAAUCUGGGGUCACUUAGAAAUGUCCUUAUUUUUUGAAAGAAAAACACGUUUUGUCAAUGAAGAUAACAUGAAAUGAAUCAUAAAUCCAGUGCAGACAUUGUUAAUGUGGUAAAUGACUGUUCUAGCUGGAAACAGCUGAUUUUUAAUGGAAUAUCUCCAUAGGGGUACAGAGGAACAUUUCCAGCAACCAUCACUCCUGUGUUCUAAUGCUACAUUGUGUUAGCUAAUGGUGCUGAAAGGCUAACUGGUGAUUAGAAAACCCUCGUGCAGUUAUGGACAAAAGUGUGAGUUUUCAUGCAAAACAUGAAAUUGUCUGGAUGACCCCAAACUUUUGAACGGUAGUGUGUAAAAGAUAAGUUAGAUAUUGUUCAGAAAAUACCACUAGCUGGCUUUGUUCCUUUUUGCACAUUUUAAGUCACCCACAAUCAGAGAUUAUUUCAUCAAAUUGUCCGAUAUUGGAGAUUCUGAAUGACUGACAUGAUGAGAAAUAACACUGAAAGUUUUGGGUUUUUAGAUGAAACAUUUCCUGAGAUGUUGUCGUUCAAACAACCUUAAGAUUUCAAAUAUUUGAUAUAAAAAUCAAACAUUUUAGAAAUACCACUUUAUGUUUAUGACAAUGAAGUUUUAAGCAAAUCAGAGCUGGUUAAGCAGAAGGAACCUGAUGAUUUGAGAUGGAAUAACCCAAAUGUAAAAUGUAAAAAAACACAUAUAAACAAAUAACGUAAACAUAUUUUCAACACCUAUAAUAUUACCUAUAUCACAGCAGACAUUUACAUCAGUAAUAACACAAACAUAAGUGACUGAAUUAAUGAGAACAUUUGCUUUAUUUAUGUGUUGUUUUCCAGUUAACCUGAUAAAACCUGAGUUAUAAUCUCCCGUCAGUGAAGCAGAUUUCAGGUUAAUGAUGCUCUCAGCUGUCAGACAAACAUGAAAUAGUUUGUAUAUUUAUAACUUUUAAGCUGCUAAUAAGUCUGAAAGUUGCAUUUUUUAUUAUACAAAUGUUAGUUUGGGUUCACCAGAUGCUGUUUUACAUCUAGACAAUAGGUGGUGCCAAAACAUGACAAAAACUACACAAUAAACAACAAAAACAUGACAUAAAAUCACGAAAACAAGACAUAAAAUGACAAAAACAGAAAUCACUAUGUAUUUAUAAUUUAUAAGCCUCUAAUGACUCCAAAAGCUGCAUUAUUUAUUAUUCAGAUGUUAGUGUGGGUUCAUUAGAUGCUGUUUUACAUGCAGACAGCAGGUGGCGCACAGCAACCCUGAGGUCCGUAAAUAUAGAUGUAAGAGUCGUUUCACUUUAAAAUAUAACCACAUAGACACUGGUUUUAGGUAAAUUCAAAGCUGCUAAUUAAACCUUUUCCCAUUUUUUCCGUUUAUAAAUGUACUAAAAUAUAUUAUCUACUGUAUUACAUUAUAGGUAUAAUAAACAAUAACUGAGUGGAACUCCAUUAACUGACAUUUAAGUGUUAAGUCGGAAACCUGUUUUGUUUUUGCAGUAGCAGUGGUCGGCCUGCAGGGGGCAGCACUGAGUCUCACCCUUACAGAGACACUUUAAUGUUGUGUUUUCUCCUGUUACAUGUUUCAGACUCACCUAUUUGACUUCCUGCCCAGGUGAGCGAGCAGCUGAUGGACAUUAAACUGCCAACGAGACGCGAACGUUUUAUUAUUUUGUGUAUUUUUUUUGGAUAAGUGAGCGAGCAGCUGUGAAACGUCUCUGUUUGUGUGUCUGCUGUAUAUUUUCUAACAGCCUUAUAGCAUGACGACUUCAUAAAUGCCAAUAAAACUAUUUUAGGACAAACACA